AUGGCGGGGCGCUGGGAGGCGCUGGUCGAGGCGGGGGCGCUGCCUCCGAUCGCGGGCUCCGUGGCGCGGGAGCUGCUCAACGACGUCAACAUGGAGUCUUUCAUGUACGGGUGGGAGGCCGGGGUGACGACCGUCACGGCGAACCAGACGCUGGCGCAGCAGAUCCUGAAGAGGACCGAGAGCGCCCGGGCCCAGUCGCCGGCUUACCAAUCUGACGACGGGGGGAACCAUGAGCCACGCCUUUACGUGCACAUGGUACGAAGGUCGUUAGGGGCGGGGCAGCGGGUCAGCAGGGAUGGCCGGCAGUGCGUCAAUUAA